GCACUCUGUGUUUCUCAAAGGCAGACACUGUUUGUUUCACUGUUUUCCAGACAGCAAGACACUGCUGAUGCUGAUUUUAUGGCUUCGAACAGGAGACUGUCUCAAUAAAUGUGAACACCAAGAGUAUUGCUAUUAUUUCUAGCAUUCAGAAUUACCAUCCUUUUCUUGACAGUUGCAUCUGGAGCCACUUUAAAAUUUGUUUCUUUUACCAGUCCCUCAUUUUAUUAUUACUUUCAGUGAAAGCGUUUUAUGCCAAGAUGGUGAAUACAAUGACGCUGCUAUGUGUUUCCCUUAUCCUCUGUGGAGUAGUCACAGAAUGCUUCAGCCUAGCUAUUAUGCCCAAAGAUAAGCGAGGCUGGACGUUAAAUAGUGCAGGGUAUCUGCUGGGACCACGUGUGACAAUUAGGACUAGACCUAUGUCUCGAUUCCAGGGGACAACAUUUCAGAGGGCCAGAAAGCAUAAUGCUCACAGGACCCUCAAUGAUAAAGGCGGACUCGCUGGAAAAAGAGACACCAUGGAGGAAGUAUAUAAGACUGCUGGAGAACCUUUCAGUAAUCCAUUACACUCUCUAGAUGACAGCACUUUACAACUGGUCCUUGAUUUCCUUUCGUACUUACACCUUAAAGAACUAGGUGCUCUUGAAAAUCUCAAUCUGCCGUUCUCAUCAGAAGAGUCCACACAGCCAUAACAUUUGAAUUUUCUUUGAUUUGAAAAAGCAUGUACAAAUUGCUCAUUGUGUAUUUAAAUAAAAUAACAAAUUGGAAAAAAAAAACAGAAAAAGGUUAUGAAAAAAGCAUAAUAUACCCAUACCUGCACACUGACAUUUUUGGGUCAUUGCUCAAUGCCUCUUAGAACUUUUGUUUUUUGGGAAAGAUGAAGAAAGUAUCCGGACAAUAACUUCUGGGAAAGAAAGAUGGAAAGUUACCCUCCUCUGUGUAAUUUCUUCCUAUUUGCUGCAUUGUACAAUAAUACUCCUAUAUCUUUUACCAGCUUUUACUAUUUACUGUAAACGUACUGACACACAAUAGUACUCAAUUGCUUCUUCAUUUCACAGCACCUGUAUAAGAUUCAUAAAACCAUUUCUCUGUUUUGUACCCUAUAACAAUUCACUGCUAAAUGAAUUAAAGGUAUAAGUAUAUAUGUCUAAACCUA